AUUUGUUUAGUUGGCGGCACUAUGCCUCAUUUUCCCGCCAAAAGUAUCAUCCCCUUCUCAUCUAUUUACCGCCAAAAAGUCCCUCGUCCUCGCAAAUCGGUAUCACUCUCAAGUCCGCAUUCUCACUUUCCAGUUCGGCAUCUCCACGACUUCCUCCUUCGACUCCUGCGCAUUUCCUUCCCGGCGAAUCAUGAAACCUCUCGACCUGACUGCCGAGAAAGAUUUCGCCAAGGAGUUCCUGAGAGAGUUCGUCGAUGCAAAUGGCGAAGCUAAGUACAUGAACAUCCUCCAAGAUGUUGCAAACCAUAAGGUUCGAGCAGUUCAAAUUGAGCUUGAUGACGUCUACAAUUGGACGGGCGCUGAUGAAGAUUUCCCUAAACGGGUUACUGAGAAUACCAGACGGUACCUGGGGACCUUUGCCUCUGCGAUUGACGAGCUAAUGCCUGAACCAACUGAGACGUUUCCGGAUGAUGACCAUGACAUACUAAUGACGCAGAGGUCCGAGGAUCCAACGGAGAGUGCAGAUGGUUCUGAUCAGCAGCAGAAAAUGCCUCCUGAAAUCAAGCGUUUCUAUGAAGUUUAUAUUAAAGCAGCUUCAAAGGACAAGCAAUUGAUCAUCAGAUCAGUCAAGGCUUCCAAUAUUGGCCACCUUGUAAGAGUUUCUGGUAUUGUGACACGGUGUUCAGAUGUCAAGCCACUGAUGCAGGUUGCUGUGUAUACAUGCGAAGACUGCGGCUUUGAGAUAUAUCAGGAAGUAACUGCACGGGCGUUCAUGCCUUUGUUUAAAUGCCCGUCCAAACGCUGUGUAACAAACAACAGAAAUGGAAACCUUAUUCUGCAGCUCAGAGCAUCUAAGUUUCAGAAGUUUCAGGAGGCUAAGGUUCAAGAGUUGGCAGAAGAUGUUCCAAUGGGCCAUAUUCCACGGUCCAUGACUAUUCAUUUUAGGGGCGAACUAACAAGAAAGGUAGCCCCAGGUGACAUAGUUGAAUUGUCAGGAAUCUUCCUUCCAAUCCCGUACACUGGAUUCAGAGCAAUGCGUGCUGGCUUGGUGGCUGAUACAUAUUUGGAUGUGAUGUCCGUCAAUCAUUCCAAGAAAAGAUAUGAAGAGUAUGAGCAGGGAGGAGAUGAGGAAGAGCAAAUUAUGCGGCUGGCCGGAGAUGGUGAUAUAUAUAAUAAGUUGGCACGGUCAUUAGCACCUGAAAUUUAUGGACAUGAAGAUAUUAAGAAAGCUUUACUACUUCUCCUUGUGGGCGCUCCCCAUAGGAAAUUGAAGGAUGGGAUGAAGAUUAGAGGAGAUCUACAUAUAUGUCUUAUGGGUGAUCCUGGAGUGGCAAAAAGUCAGCUUCUGAAGCACAUUAUCAACGUUGCGCCCAGGGGAGUGUAUACUACUGGCAAAGGAAGCAGUGGUGUUGGUCUAACAGCUGCUGUUCAAAGAGAUACAGUUACAAAUGAAAUGGUCUUGGAAGGCGGAGCUUUGCAGGUGCUUGCUGAUAUGGGUAUUUGUGCAAUUGAUGAGUUUGAUAAGAUGGAUGAAUCAGAUCGUACUGCAAUUCAUGAAGUUAUGGAACAGCAGACUGUCAGCAUUGCAAAAGCUGGCAUCACCACUUCGCUUAAUGCAAGAACUGCUGUUCUUGCUGCAGCUAAUCCAGCAUGGGGGAGAUAUGACAUGCGGAGAAGUCCUGCUGAAAACAUCAAUUUGCCUCCUGCUCUUCUAUCAAGAUUUGAUCUUCUAUGGUUGAUUCUUGAUCGAGCAGAUAUGGAUGCAGAUCUUGAACUGGCUAGGCAUGUUGUUUAUGUGCACCAAAACAAGAAAUCUCCUGCUCUUGGAUUUGAUCCUCUUGAACCAUCUAUACUCCGUGCAUAUAUUUCUGCUGCAAGAAGAUUCUCGCCAUAUGUGCCCAGGAACCUUGAGGAGUAUAUUGCCACUGCAUACUCCAGCAUUCGUCAAGAAGAAGCCAAGUCAAAUGCUCCGCAUUCCUACACAACAGUCCGAACCCUGCUUAGCAUUCUCCGAAUAUCAGCUGUAAGUCGUUCUCAUCUAUGCUGGCACAAAUGGAUCACAAAAUUUCACAACCCAAACAUGAACAAAUGAGUUUUGGAUUUGGUUUUCCUUCGUCACAAAGCAGAGUGAGUUGCAAUUGAAUCCCUUAUUAAUAUGUUAUUUUGAACUGUUACAUUAUCUAUGCAAACUUCGUUACAGGCCUUAGCAAGGCUCCGAUUCUCAGAGACCGUGGCACAAAGUGAUGUCGACGAGGCGCUUAGACUAAUGCAAAUGUCGAAGUUCUCGUUGUAUUCCGAGGAACGUCAAAAGUCUGGUCUGGAUGCCAUCUCAGACAUCUACUCAAUCUUGCGGGAUGAAGCUGCAAGAGCCGACACAAUGGAUGUGAGCUAUGCUGAUGCUCUUAACUGGAUAUCUAGGAAGGGGUAUAGCGAGGCACAGUUGAAAGAAUGCUUAGAAGAAUAUGCUGCUUUGAACGUGUGGCAGAUUACCCGCCCCAGCUUCGACAUUCGGUUUAUUGAUGCUUGAAACUGGAAUCCCUACGUCACUUAAGAUUGGCUAUGCCUGGCGCUGCAAAAUGCUUGGGAUCUUCUUUUCCCCUUGCUUCCUGGGGAACUUUAGUGUGUGUAACGAAUGUUGUAUUAGGCAUACUGACAUAUUGUUAUUGCUUCGUUUUGGUACAAGGACAGCUAGUUAGUUGAUGACUUGACCAAAAUUUUCAACUUUACAUGAUCUGUUGAAGUAGUUUUGAUUGCUUUCUGGACAAACAAUGAUCUAUGCAAGCUCAGGGUGCUCCUUGACCUGCGAACUGCCCUGAAGAUCCUUGAGCGUCGAAGAGGAUAGUCGCCAUUGAACUCUCACUAUUUGGUACCUGGAUCUGCAGAAUCGCGACGAGGAAGUUGAUGUCGAAGAACAUGAAGAAAUUGAGAUCGAGUAUAGCAACACGCAACACCAUAAUUUAUGUUGUUCUUUCUCAUCUUGUGUGAGGCUUACAGCUUACUCCAUGAGUGAAGCUAUUUUUUCUUAGCUUCUGCAGCCACCUUAAUGUACCCAGCUGAGUCAAAUCGUCUAGGUCAAAAUUACAAUCUCUACGGAGAAUU